GGACUGGCGCUGUUGACAUCCCAUCUCAUCAUUGUAAACAUGCCAAACACACGCACCUCCUACUAACAUACACAGCGGUCCCCCGAACACCAACUUUGGCAGGCUUUUUGGAUACUUCUCUAUGCUCCUGUAGUUCUAGCAGAGCAUCCUUAUCAUAUCCUCGACGCUUAUUUGGGACGCGACGCGGCACAAUCACAAACACGGCUGCUGCUGCUGCUGCUGCUGCUGCUGCUGCCUCACCGCACCCGCACAAUGCACUCUUCUCCUCCCACAAGCAUUGGGAAGGCGCGCACUAUCCGGGAGCUUUCGCGCAGCUUGAGCCACAGCCCGUGCAACAUCCCAUCGCCGUCACCGCCGCCGAGCGACUCAAAUCCCACUAAGCGCUCAGGAUUCGGGACCGAGACGUCCAACUUCUUCAACGACCCGGACGUCCUCAUGUCGACACAGCAGCACUUCGUUGACGCGACCGACACACUGCCGCAGUACCCGCGCAUUCGCUCGACCGCGAAGAAGAUGACCCAGUGGCGGCCCAUGGCGUCUACGCGGACGAAUCCCGACACGUCCAUGGUCAACAAGGAGUUCGGCGACUUUGACCAGAGCAUCUCGGACGAGGAAAGCAUCUCCGUCGAACAAGCGCGCGGCCUCGACCAAAGCAACCGCGGCACCCCUGUUAGACAGAGCUCCGCGUUCCACAGCCUCUACGAUGUCACACCGCCCACCAACAGGACGCGCAAGUCCCUCGUCGGCGAGACUGGAAGCCUCCGACGCGACGCACAGCUUCGACGCGCCUCGCGCAAUGACCUCGGCACGGCUUCGCCGCGCUCGGCCAGCAAGCGCAACUCCCCGGCUCUACCCGCCAAGGAGAACACGCGCAGCUCUCUCGCGCAGCUUCACGCGAAGCUGUCCGAAGACGAGUCGUCGUUCAUGCACGACCGCCCACCCACACUGACCGUGAACUCGGCCAAGAACACGCGCUGGGGCAACCGCCAGACUUCUCUCCAGAUGGACGGCAUCGUAGAAGAGCGAUCGAGGCCACACUCGCGCCCGUCGACAGCUCAGAACGCGACCGCGCAGUCCUUCAUCUUGCCUGACCUGCCCAACCUGACCGAGCUGGUCUCUGGCGUCUUCGAAGAUGGCACGCCCGUCUUCUCGAAGAACACCACAUCACGAUCGCGCUAUGCUGCUCCUCCAGGCGGCAGCCGCCGUCCGAACCACAUCCCCAUCGACAGCGUUCCUAUUCCGGACGAGGAAAAGGCCAUCUUUUCUGCGCUGCAGCAGCUGCAGGACAAGGUCGCGCAGAUUGAAGCUGAGCGGUCUGAGCAGGACAGGCGGAUUGAGGAGCAGGAUCUUGAGCUGAUCGAGCUCCGCGCUAACGCACAGGCACAUGAGAAGUCGCGACGCAGUGACAGCGCGAACGACUCGGAUGCUGGCAAGCGUCAUUGGAAGGUCGAGAAGACGCGCCUCGAUGCGACUGUCCAGACACUCCGAACGAAGCUCGACCGCGCCGACCGCAAAUUUGCAGUCCUCGAGAUCGAGAAGAAGCGACUCACUACCGAACGCGACAACAUGACCAACCAGCUCGGCGUUGCAUUCCAGACAUGCGAAGAGCUGAAGAACGAGAAGCUGGCGCUGGCCGAUGAGAACGACGCGCUUCGCCAGGAAGUCGAUGCCCUUCGCGGUGACAACGACGAGCUCCGCGAUCAGCUGAACCAGGAGAUGACACAUCAUCGCGAAGAGACUGUCAACCUGCGUCAGCAGUUCGACCAGGCUGCGAAUGCGACCGAGAGGGAGAACGCGACGCUGAACGCGGAGCUGGCUCGCAUACGCGCCCAGAACGAUGAGCACACUCAGCAGUUUGCUCGUCAGGAUGUAGAGCUUCGCAAGGCGCGUCAAGAGAAGGCUGAAUACGCGCGUCUGCAGGCUGAUCACGAAGCGCUCAUGACACAGCUCGCGAGCAUGAAGGCAAAGCGCGAGGACGAGAUCAAGAGGUGGACUCAGCAGGAAUCCGUCCUGAAGGCACAGGUGGAUCGUCGCGACGAGACGAUUCGACACUUCCAGGACGCAACCCAAGAGCAGACAAACGAGGCGAUGCGUCUCGACAACGAGAACCUUCGCCAGGAGCUCGCUCAACUCGCUGCUCAGCACGAUGAUGACCACGAGAGAUGGGCCAGGAAGGAGAGUCAGCUGAAGCGCAAGGUCCAGCAACGCGAGGCCGCUGCUAGACAGACUCUGGAUCUCACGCGCGAGAUUCUGAACGUCCGUGAGGCGAACGAGCAGGAAACCACCAGGGAGCACACCCGCCAGGAGACCCUCCAGCGCAAGCCCAGCUACCGUCGCGAGGACACCGGCGCUCGUACCAAGAGUCGCGUUCAGCAGGAGUCGCGCAACAGCCGCGCCGAGCUCGCUCAGUCCCGCCGCAUCCAGGAACACCCCCGCAAGGAGUACCCUGGCGUCUCUGGGAGGGAGUUCAGCAGGUCUCUGCCUGUAGACACACGUCGAAGCUUCUCUGCACCAGCCGCCGAUAAGAACGCGCACGCAGACACCCCAGAGUCGACCACUGACCUGUCCCUCAAGCCCCAUGGCACGCCGUACAUGUCGCGAAGCGUCCAAUCCGCGAGGCCGACGGUUACUAUCCAGCGGCCCGCUGACCUGGAUCUGACCGAACUGAGCUUCAUCGGUAGCGACGUAAUCGCUCAGCUUCGUCGCCAGCUGGAAGAACAGCGUGCCAACGCCCGCCGUGCUUCGGCUGCCCCGGUCGAGCACACUGUCCGCGAAGACACUGCUCGCUCGCAGCGCCAGACUCGUGAGGAUACUAUCAGGUCUAUUGCUUCUGCUAAGAGCGAGCGCCGACCAUCUCUUGUCCGCAAAUCAUCGCUCAAGGACACCACUCGCCGCACCACCGCCAGCCAGUUCGAAGACGACAUCACUGGCAACCUGUCCAACCUCGACGCCGACACCGAGGCCACUCAGACCAAGCAAUUCGCCAUCGACCUCUCCAUGCAUAGCAACACCAGCCGCCGCCGUCGCAGCGUCCCCGACAACAUGACAUCCGCCUUCAUCGUGCCGGACCUCAAGAUCGAAUCCCGACGUCCCUCGAUCACUGCUGCCACCCUCUCCAAGCACGACAAGCACCAUGACAACGCCAACUGCACCGUCUGCCGUCGCGAAGGCCUGACCACAUCAAAAUCCGACCUGCGCGUCCCCCGCCUCGUCCCCGUCUCAGCCCGCAUGCCUGACGAGAUCGACGCCACCCUAAGACCGGCCCGCUCCCCGAGGGAAGCUCUUGCCCUCGUCGUCAAGGAACUCCAGGAUGAGCGCGCGCAUCUGCACAUCGAGCUAGCGGCGCUGCGCGUCAUGCUUGAAGGCCACGAUGCGUCUCAGGGCGCACGGAAGCGUGCGGAUCUGCAUGCGAGCAUCCAGGACUCCCUCCGACGUCUCGAGAUCAAGGACGCGCAGAUCUACAACCUCUACGACGUCCUCGAGGGCCAGGCCGCGGACGGCGAUAUCACGGAGCAGGAUGUCGAGGACAUCACGGAUAUGAUCCGUGCCCAGGACUUGCAGCAGGACGCCGAGCAGCACACACACUCCAAGGACGCAAAGCAGUGCGAGACGGGACCGAGUGCGAUGGACGGUGACGUGGACAUGUCCCACGUCGAGUUCUCGCGCGGCAGAAAGGGCCAGGGGAAACGCGUUACGAUUCGCAGCUUCGUGUCGGAGGAUUUCACCGAGGAUGGGGACGAGUUUGGCAGAGAUGCGGAUCGCAAGACGAUGUUGGAUGAUGAGACGGAGGAGUUGCCCUGGGAAGGUUUCGAGGACAGUGAGAUUCCCGAGGGUUGGGGACACGUGCACUAGACACUCGUUGAGAAGGGAGUUUCCUUUGGCGUUUUGGGUUCUGGGCAACGGACAUUGGGAUGGGCAUUGGAUCGGCGCCCGGUUACUUUUUCCCUUCUGGUCGACUUUGGAUCGCCGGUCUCGAGCGCUUUGUACAGGCCUCACAGCCCUUUUCUCACAUCGACCUCCGCGACUGCGCGUUUAGAUGAGUCCUGUGUUCUUCGGGCGCGCCUUGACUCGCCUUUGGGCUUGAGUUGGUUGCGCAAGAUGGACGUGGUUGAAUCUCUGACCGCUGGCGCUGGAACGCCGACAUGAGGAUCUGGCUGAACGCCUCUGCAGAUAGACACAAGGCAGAUGAUCAUAACAAGACACGUUUACUGCAAGA